AUGGAUAAUGUUGAGGUGGAAGUCAAGAAACAAUUGAACUAUUUGAGUAAGUCUGCAGAAUUAUCUUUCAGAAUCACCAGCCAAUCCUAAGGAUUUCCCAAAAAUUAUGGAUAUUUACAAAAACCCAAUUCAGAGAAUAUUAAAAUUAAAUUUUUAUCCAUUACUCAAGACCUUCCCCUCGUCUGAACUUAUUUGUUUAGAAUUAGAGAAGGAUUUUAGCAAUUAAGAUUAUGAAAUUCAAUUACAAUCCCUCAAAUUAACAUAUUCCAUACCAUUUAGCAAUUUAAUUCAAAUUUUUAAUUCCUGCGAAACAGCAUUUUAUUACAUUAUUGAAUAGUAGAAUCCAAACAAUUAAUAGGUUAUCUGAUUUUCAUUUGAAAGAUUGUGUGCUGUCAAUUCCAUAUUGCAAUUGCUACUCACAAAAGAAACAAAAGUAGAUUCAAUAGAAAUGCCAAAACUAAAAAUAACUAAUAUUUACUUGAGAGUUGCUGAAAAUUGUUUUUCCAACAACAGAGACAUCUCAGCCAAUUACAUAAAAAGUUUAUCGAAAUAUUUAUAAAGUAAAUUGCAGAAUCCCAAUUACCUUACCUCAGUCAAUUAUGAUACCGAACAAAUUAAACAAUCUUUAUUGCUUAGAAUUCAACUCCUAUAUGAAAAAUAUGAUGAAGUUCGUAUUAGAUCUAAAAUGCUAUUUCUAGUAUCUUAAGUCUUGCUUGAUUCUCUAAAUAGGUGCAGCACUGUUCAAUAAAACCAAAAUAAACUAAUCUAUAAACUAAACCCUCAUGGAUUUCAUUAAUAAAAUUAUCAAAGCUAAGCUUGUAUGAUAUUCUGUAAUAUAAUUUUGAAAUGGACAUUAUAAUACAAAUUUUCAACUUCCUAAUCAAUUUUAUUCCUUAAUAUAAAUCUUCUGGUUACUUUAAUGCGAGCCAGUUUGUGUUGUAGCUUUAUGAUUGCAUCGAAAAAUAUAUAAAGAAGGUCAAUUAUAAAAAGAAUUCAAUCAGAUAUUGCUCUAAAUUCUGUAAUUAGAUAUGGAUUUGAAUACAAAUAUAGCUACAUCCAUACAAAUUAUAGGAAUAUCUUUCCUUAUUAAAACUAAUUGAGUCGGCUUUUGUUUCUCCUCUAUUACUUCGAUAAUUUAAACCAAAAAUCAAUCGAAUUACUUUAUCAAAAAGACUAGUGCCAUCUUAAGACUGUACAAUUAGACUUGGUUCCUAACUAAAAUAAAGGAUGAACCUGAAGAACUAAUUUGUUGCCUAAUUAUUGCAGCAAUCCAUUAAGAAACUAAUAAAUUGAUACUAUUGGAAAUUAAGGAAAUUUGUAAUGCUUUCAUUUGGAAUGGUUGCAACAUUGAAGCCAUUAUUAUGUAAAAAUUACUGAUUUAAGAAUGUAUCAAGGUCAUACCCUCUGAUGAAAUUUGGUUAAACGAUUUAAUUAACAGAAUGAACACUAAUUAAAUCAGCUUCAAUCAGAAGGUUUAGACUCUCUUAAUAAUAACAAGAAAAUUCAAUGAGAGUAGUCUGAAUUGUAAAAUUAGAUUAUAUCAAUAUCUUGGCAGAGUUUAGAACCUUCAUGAUAUAACCAGUGUAAACCUAAAUUUUUCAGCUUAAUCUCUUACAAAAUGUCUUUGA